CUUCCGGGUAUGACUUUAUGUUUGUAAACUCUCAACAAACUGAUAAGGAUGGCGAACACGUUAAUCCAUGGAUAAUGACAUAUUGUCUAAUGGACAAUGACAUAUUGUCUAAUGGACAAUGACAUAUUGUCUAUGCGAAAACGUCAUCUUAUAUCGAACGGAAAGCUACAAUUCUCGUUGGAAAAAACCCGAAUAUUGACGGGCCAUGGCAGAUUAUGAGAAUUUUAACCUGUGGCGGCAUUUCUUGUCCAGUCUUCAGAAGUCAACAAAGAACUUUACGCCAGAGAAAGAGAAGGAUGUAUUUCUGGGCAGUAUUGAUUGUUUCUCAACAAAUCUGAGCAGACGACUCCUUGAAACAAGUGGACAGAGUAUUAAAACAAAACUUUCCUUCUCAGCUUUACAAAAAAUCGAAAGCGGUGCUUACGGAUUUAUAGCACAUAAAGAGGCAGGAAGUAAGAAUGAAUCACAGAAAUGUUCUGGAACUCUUUCCUCCAAAACAUACGUGAACGUUCAACAAGCUUCAGAAAAUGAAGAAAGUAAAUUGUUAAACACCAUUUCAGGGGCUGACGGAUCCGAUGUAAAAGGUUUGGUUAAAACUGAAGAGGGAACUGAAAAUGUCCGCCCCACACAAAAUACAUCAGAUGUCGUCCAGAAGGAUGCGAGCUCUCUGUUUCCUAAUGUACAUGUACAUUCUAAUCAAACCAGUGGAUCAACAGACGUACCAUCAGCCGUAAAAAGGAUAGCUAAGAGGGACUACAACUCGAACCAUGACGUGUCCGAGAAAAAGUCAAAGGUCACACAGGAUGAUGUAUCUGGUGGAGCAUUCAGUGCUUCCCAUCAGGCGGUUGAAGACAAGGCAGAUGUUCGUUCUCAUUCCUAUAUGAUGUCUGGUAAACAGGAUUCAAGUGGGAAGAAAUCCUUGGAACCACAAAUAACUGAAGCAUGUACGUCUGUGCUGCCACCUGGGGUUUUUACUCAUCUGCAUGAAGAUGUGGAGACAAAUCGUACUCGAAAGCGUAACGUAAACACAAACAAACGUAAAAUUGAUGUGGAUAUUCCGUGUUCUAAUUGGACACUACAAAUGCUGUCUGAAUAUGUCGACUUUAAACAGUGUGUGGGAAAAAUAGACCUAGCAAACAGAAUCGGGGGUUCACCGGACAUUAUUGAUAGAAUCGUGUCGCGAGCUUUGAAGCAAAUCAAAUCUGUCCAAAGGGUGAUUUUUGCUCGUAAUGCGUCAUCUUCGGGUCAUCUACAUAAAAAAAACAGGCAGUGACAACAUCUACGAUUUGAGUGGGAUCCGGGGAACAGAAGCGGAUAUCCGAAUUCUACUUGAUGCAGUUUUGAUUCCUUUUGCAGAAGAAAUGGAACUGACUAUUGAAACUGAGAAAUCGUACAAGAAUAAAAAUCUACCCAACUGUAAGUUUGAUUAUCGACUUCGCUACAAAAAUGACGUUGUCGGUUUGGUUGAGGCUAAGAGUCGGCUUUACGGAAAUGGGCUUGGACCAGAAUCAGUUGUACAAGGAAUUCUCCAACUGUCUGCUCUACAAGCAGAAGUUUAUGGAAGGAGGUCGAAAACACUGUCUUCCAAACAACUUAGUCCUUUACCGUUUUUCAACAUCAUCUCUGAUGGUUUCCAAUUCAUCUUCAUGCAACUUGAUCAUGAUGAAUUGCGUUUCGACCAUCAGCCAGGGAGGAAUGUUUUCGGAGACGACAUGUCCACACUCAGAUUAUACAUCAUGGAUAGUCGGGAACAGAUAGAGAACAUUCUAGAAAGACUAGCAAAGCUUAUGUUCCAGAUAAUUCGCAGCAUUGACCAGACGGAAGAAGAAGAAAAAGAGGAAGUAGAAGAAGAAGAAGAAACUGAGGAUGAGGGUAUGGAGGUAUAUGAGACAGACGAGGAUGGAACUAUCAUAUUAGAUUGAAUACACAUUCCACAGUAGACUCGCGUGUGUGUGAUAGCGAUAUAAUGGAUUGUAGGAUUUGUGAGAGGUGACUUAAUUUUAAAUCUUAUAUUUUAUUUUUUAACAUUUUCCUAAUGUGUCCUUUGACACUGUGCCUCACCAUUAGUUGAGCGUUCGCCAAAAUAAGGAUAUAUUUCCUGGACAAGGCUUACCAGAGUCUACAAAAUGGUAGUCGCUACUCCUUUUUAAAGGUAAACAUUUUGUGAGAGUAUGAUGUAGCGGGGUGUCUACAGCUGACAGAACACGUCAUGAGGUACAGUGUAGCACUGCACAGCCAGCAUCAAUCCGAUAGGCCUCCCGAGUGUUAUUCAGUGAGGUAGUCACCAGCUACUACAAGGAGUCCCACCUCAAAAUGAGCCCGGGUGAUCACGGGGCGAUCCAGCCCGACCCCCCCCCCCCCCCCCCCACACACACACACAAAUGCACUUGCAUGCCUUUUCUUCAUUUCACAUGUAAUGCAUAUUAUACAAAUGACACCCAGUUUAGACUUUGUGAUUUUCUCUUGGCCUCAUUUAAAUAGACACAAAAUAAAUCGUACAAGCUAUCCCACAACCUGUUACGGUAUCGAAUUAUUGUUGUUUUAAACAGCAGCUAAUUGUCUUCCAUUUCAAUGUCUUUUAAUAUUUUAUAUUAUAUAUUUUAAUUUUAUACAUCAAUUUUAUAUACAUGUAUGAUGACAGUAACAUGAAUGUUUUGAUUUAUCUUGACCCGUCAUCAGAUGGUUUGCUGUUGAAGAAGUCCGUGGUCUGUAGUAUACAUUGUAAUUUUUAUAAACAGAUCGACUCACGGGUGGCCAUCAUUCAAUGUUGAAGAUUUACAAAUGUAUCAGCCUUUCCAUAAUUUAACAUUUACAAUGUUAUUUUUCCUGGUACCCCGUACCAGUUAUGCAUGAAAAGAUAAAAUACAAAUUGUCGACUAUACAGGAUUUUAACAGAUGAAUUGUUCUAUGUUUUCCUUCUCAAUGUCACCUGUAAAUAUGACUUGAUUUUAAAGUGCAUUGCUAAUUUUGAAGCUGAAUCGAAAAGACAUUUAUUGAGAGGCGGCCAUGUUGGAUUUUGAUGGUUAAACUUUGUUAUCUCUAUAUCUUACCAACUACACUUUAUUUCAUUUCAACAUAUUUUAUUGUAUAACAUUUAUUCAAAUGGGUUAGACAGCAGGCUAGACCUAUACAAGUCUUCCCCAAUACAAACAGAACAAUAGUAUAAUUAUACUAAAACAAUUGAAAGUUAAGACGUAUAAGAAAUAUGUACAUUAAUUAAGUCAACGGUGAUGACAUACAAUGUAUGGAGAGGAAACCUCUUUUAUGAAUAUAUAGAUUUUUAUGGUCAAAGGGAGGUAAUUAUAUAAUAAGAACUAACAGUUAGUGGAAAAGGGAGGUAAUAAGGUUCUAGUAUAUCCUUUGUCAAAUUAUAAUAAUUUUACAGAGUUUUAAAAAGAUUUUGUUUUCAGUUAAUAGCUAUUGCUUAGAUACAGGAGUGGCACCCAGUCUUAAAUCCAGCAGCACUAGAUUUUCAGGCAUAAAAUGUCCUUACUCCUCCUUCUGUAGCCAUCCAUCUAAGUAUUCUAGAUUCAGACUGAGUGCCCCUGCAUCCAAGCAAAGCUUUCAUGUGUCAGAUAUAACAAACUGUGUAAUUAUACUUUGGAAUAAAAAGAUUGUAGUCGAA